ACUCCCUCGCUUCCCCACCUCUCCUUUCUUGAUUCUCCCACAGCUCAGACUGAGAGGAGAACCUGGUAUUUAUCUUUAGCGCCGUCAGCAGUUCUCAGCCUCAUCUCGAAGGGACUCUUUAUUUGUUAUUUCCCUCUAACUUGUGGGCACUUCACAGGCAAUGCUCAGAUUGCAGAACCAGCCUCCCCCGUGUGGCUUCUUGGCACAGACCCUGAAGACGUCGGGAGCCAGCUCACAGGGCAGCUUUUGUUAUUUGGUUCUCCACUCCACAGCAUAGCUCCUGAUUUGACCACGCACCACAAUUAACCACUGGGUUCUUCUAAGAGAACAGAAGUUAAGAGUAACAUCAUGGCCUCAGCGGGUCUCCAGCUCCUUGCUUUCAUCCUGGCCUUAUCUGGGGUCUCUGGAGUACUCACUGCCACUAUGCUGCCCAACUGGAAGGUCAGUGCAGAGCCAGGCUACAACAUUGUAACUGCUAUCGUGCAGGUGCACGGGCUAUGGAUGGACUGCACGUGGUACAGCACUGGGAUGUUCAGCUGUACCCUGAAAUACUCCAUCCUGUCUCUACCUGUCCACGUACAGACGGCCAGGGCCACCAUGGUGCUGGCCUGCGUUCUGUCUGCUCUGGGGAUCUGCACUUCUGUAGUGGGGAUGAAAUGCACUCACUUAGGUGGGGACACAUACACCAAGAGCCAGAUCUCCUUGGCUGGAGGAGUCUGCUUCAUGGCUGCAGGGAUCGCUGGCUUAAUCCCAACAGUGUGGUACACCAAGGAGAUCAUAGAAAACUUUCUAGAUGUGACCAUUCCGAAAAGCCACAAAUAUGAACCCGGAGGAGCUGUCUACAUUGGGUUCAUCUCAGCGGUGCUACUACUUAUCUCUGGUAUUAUUUUCUGCACUUCUUAUAUAAAAAAGAACCCGAAACCACGGAUCUACCCCACCAGGCAGAAACAGACCUCUACCUGGCAGCCAGAGAACAGGUUAGCAUAUAACCUGAAGGAUUACGUGUAAGAGCUGUGCUGUGAAUGUGCAACGAAGCUCUGGGAGCCUGCUAAAACUUUACUAGAAUGAAGAAAAUGAGACAAAAUACUCUUACGCUCAACUUUCUUUACAAAGAGGACAAAAUAUUAAAAAAAAAUUAUGAGGUACUUUAAAAUGACAACAAACUACCAUAUACAAUUAUAUCUGUCUUGAAUUUCUUUAUUUUCCUAUUAUUGCAUUCAUGUUUUAUUUAAAAGUAUAUAAUUGAAAGAGGUCUGGCUAUAUUAAUAAGGCGAUGGGUGACAGCAUUAAUUUAUUUUUAAAGAUAUAUUUUAGAUUAGUUUUUUUUGUAAUUAUGAAGUAUAAAAAGUACCUUCCCUUGGUGUUGAUCAAGGAUAUCGCCUAUUCUGCCCUCUGGUGGACAAUGCCUGAGUAGCCGGUUUCUGUUUUAAAGCCACAGGAUGUGGAGGAGACUCCGGUACAGAGGACCAGAACUCAUGUACAUGUUGCCCAAGCCAUCAGCCUCAAGCCCCAGCUUCCAUCCUAAUUUAUCAUGUGUUAUGAUAUAAUGUAUGCAAACUAAAAUUAGAUACGAUUCAUGAAUUGGUAGAUGCUACUGCAGCAUAUGAAAGCCAAUAUAAGCACAAACUAAAAUAUGGCACUUUCUAAGUACAAGCCGACUAAUAAGACCUCUGCUUGCUUUAAAUAUGCAAGGGCUGCUCUCUCUUUUGCAUCUAGAAAAUAGAUUAAGUUCAUUUCCCCAAUUAUUUAUAUUUACCCCAUCCCAAUGAAUCUCACAGUUAGCACUAUCUGACUCAGUCACAGUUUUCCCCUCAUACAAGGUAUUGGAGAAGCCAGACGGCCUCCUGUGUGCUGGGGCUCAGAGACAUUAUGCUUGGCUCAAUCAUUUUUAAGCUGUACUUUUUUCCUCAAAUUUUAUUCAAGUUAACAAAUCACUGUUAUAAAUGAGCAUCUUCAGUUAAGAGAAGUAAAUAACUUUUAAAGUACAAAGAAAGUUUUUAAAAUAUACAUUUAAAUUAUGAUAUGCAACUAGGAUAUUCUAUCAAAAAUUUGGACUUCCCAUUGGUGCAAAGAACAGUGUAGGUUUUCCAGUAAUUUGUUUGUUAAUUCAUUGCUUAUAAUACAACUUCUAAGAGAAAAAAGACUGUACAUUAAUGACUUAGAAAAAGAAAAGAGUGUUUAUGUGAAUAAUUUAAACUUGCGUAAUCAGAAAAGAGACUAAAAUAUGUUAAUUCCAUCAUGUUCUGAAGCAGUCAUGCUCUACUAGGCCAGCUGCAGCCAAGUUUUAGAUCUUACAGACGGUUUCCUGCAAACUUUCUUCAGGGGAGCAGAUACAUGUCACACUCAUGAACUAACACAAACACGUAAAG